AUGGUCCAGAGUAGAACCAUAUACUGCAGGAUCAACCUGAGUGUUCCCGUCCUGGACCGUUUCUACAACCAGGAGGACACGAGGCCCGAUUUUCGGCUAAGCAGGGAGUCCCUGGCAAUGUUGCUAAAUCUCCUGGACCAGGAUCGGCGCCAUGGUUGGGGUGCCACAAUUGAGAUCCUGGUGUUCAUUUUCUGGUUGGCAAGUGGAGCAUCCUACAGGGUGGUGUCAAGAGUGUUUGGGAUGCCUCGUUCCACUGUCCACACCAUUGUCCACCGUGUCACAGAAGAAGUGGUGGCCAUUCGCCACCAGGUCAUCCACCUCCCAAAGACACCAGAGGACCUGGAGGCAGUGUCCCGUGGGUUUGCAGGGCUGGCAAGCCACAGAGCCUUCCUGAAAGCGGUGGGCGCAAUCGACGGCUGCCACAUCCGCAUCAAGUGUCCAAGCGGCCCUGAUGGUCAGUGCUACAGAAACAGGAAACUGUUUCCAUCUAUCAUCCUGCAGGCAGUUUGUGACCAUCAGGGCUGCUUCAUCGACACCUACGUGGGCUGGCCUGGUUCGGUGCACGAUUCCAGGGUGCUCCGCCACAGCCCACUGUACAGACAAUCAGUCUACCCUCCUCCAGGACAUUUCAUCCUCGCAGAUGGAGGGUACCCAUGCCUCCAACGUCCACUCCCCCUUAUCACACCCUACAAGAGGCCAGUCCGAGGUGUGGGAGCCCAGUGCUUCAACAGCCACCAUUCCAGGGCACGCUCCAUCAUAGAGCGUGCGUUAGGACUGAUGAAAACGAGGUUCAGGGCCAUCUUCCUGCAAGCGCUAAAGGUGCACCACACCUUUUUCCCCACUGCCGGUGACAUCGUGGCCCCAGUGGAUGAGCCUGAGGAAGAUGGAGCAGAGGAUGGGGAGGGGGAGGCUGGGUUGGAGGCAGUCAGUGGUGCUCUUUGGCGGGACCAACUGUCAUCUGAGGUGUCAGCCCUGGAGGAGGUACCACCAGACCACGACUACUGUUAA